GAAAAUAUCACUUGGAGCUUUUGUCCAGUUUACUUGCCCACUCUUUGCCUUUAUUUUCAGAAACGAAUCACCUUUAGGAAAAGAUUUUUAAGAAUUUCCUGUGGAAGGCAGUCGGUUUUGCCAUUUUCAGUUCUGAGGUCUUCAGUUCGCGCGGUUCGUCGGUGGUAGUCAAUUAGGAACGUAGGAUAAUCAAAGAAGUCUUUGUAUGUUGCGUCAUUGUUGAUUAAUCGGAAAUGGAACAUUUGUUUAUCGAGUAAUUAUGUCUAGUGGAUUGAUUUCAAAUUGAUUCUGGGAUUAUUUGGUGUUUUGUGGUUGUUUAAUUGGCGAUUUGUGUUGUUCUUUUUGCCCCGAACUGCGCUUUUUUUGCUUAGAACUAUUAACAUGAUUUGUAAUCUACAUUUUAUUGUGUUUGUGACUUUCCUGGUAUCCAUUAUUUGCCAAACUUCGGCAGCUAAAAAGAGGUUUCGGAUAGAAGCUGGAGAGCGAAAAUGGCCAUUGAAUCCAUCUUUGCAGAGAUCUACGGCGCCAAAGAAAAAUGAAGGAAUUACCUCAUUAAGUUCUAAGGAUACAUGGAAAUAUUUCCAGAAUGCAGUCCAAGAAAACGAACGGAAAGUAAGAAGAGAGAAGAAAGCGCAACGAAAAAUGAUGACUAGAACUUUCAAUAUGCAGAGACCAUCUGUAGGCUUGCCAGGACCUAGAGGGCCAAUGGGGCCACGAGGUCCUAAAGGUGCUAAUGUAACAGCAGAAGAAAUGUUUGAAGAGUUCCGAUCGCUAAUAAAUGACAUGACAAAGCAGAAAAUUCUUCGUGCAGCUGAUCCUAGGUGUACAGAGUUGUGUGUGUCCACCUUGGGAGCAAAUGACAGUGAACCUGUCGACAGGUGGGCUUUAUUAAAGGAAGAAAAUGAUUUAUUUUUGCCGAAAGUCAUCAGUUCUUUCAUGUGGGAUUUGAAACGAUACAUUCUUGUACCAAAACAUGCUAAAGUAGAACUGGAUAUGUUUAAAUCAGCAUCUAAACCAGGAGCAUAUGGCAGAGAUUCUGGUAAGUCGGAUGCUGAUAGUGGUAGAUUUUUCGCUCCCAGGACCGGAUUCUACACAUUUAACGCAAGGAUGCAUAUCCGUUUGCCAGAAACAAAAGUUGUCAGAAGCGACUUGUUCUCUGUACAGAUAUGCAUUGAUUCCUCCUUGCAGGAGAAGACAUCUUUAGAAACUGUUUCGGGUCUCGGUCCAGGUAGUAUGAUGACGGUUACGGUGAAUGGUCUAUUACACUUAAAAGUAAAUCAGUACGUUUCUGUAUUUGUGGACAACGCUUCAAAUUCUGAUCUCACUUUCCUGGAUGGUUCACAGUUCAGUGGUUAUUUAGUGGGAAUUUGAUCUCAAGGAAACAAAGAUUACAAAAUUCAUACAAUACAAUAGCAAUUAAUUACAUUAGUUUUCUGAUGCAAUUGUUUAAUCAAACAUUUCAUCUCAUUUUUAUGAAAGGGCUAUUUUUUGGAUAUUAGAACCAGGUGUUUGAAAAUCUUCUAUGGACAGAAAUAGCCGAUAUAAAUAUAUAUGGACACAAACUUUAUCGAUCUGUGGUUCAUGAUGCUAUUGAUAUUACAGAAAAACAAACUAUACGGGGUAUCGGUUUUAGCUUUAAUAUGCUUUAUUAGAGUGAAAUAGUUGAGAUAAUGAUAAAGUCUUUUCAUAUAUCUGAAGAUGAUGAACACUCAUAUUAAAUCAAUGAAGACAGAUACUAUUCUCAUGCAUAAUUUUUAUCAACGCCCUAUUACAAAGACAAAAUUUGAUUUACAUGGAAAAUAAAUGACAUAUUUCCAUCUGAAAAAAAAAUCGCUCAAAUUUUUAAAGGAAAUGAAGAUUUUGUUUAUGAAAACAUCAUAUAAGAAAUUGGUUAAAAAGCACAAAACUUCGAUACCAGUGUCUUGAAGGAUUCUUAAGUGCUGAAGAUAUCACUAAACUAAUAAACUUGAAACAAGAACGAAAUUUAGGCAAAAGUUCUUAUCUCAAUAAAAGUGUUACAACACCUAUAUCUAAGAGUUUUGCGUUGUAAUACGGUUGCUAUUUAUAAUGUUUGCUAUGUACUUUUCUUAAUCGAAAUGUUAAAAAAAAUUUAUUCUUUCCUUUACUGCAAUGAAUUACUACAAUGAAUUAUUAUUCUGGUUGUAGCAUAUUAUUCCAGUAAGUUUUUGCCAAAAAAAGCUUCUUUUUUCCUUUCUCUUUGUACAUUAUUUUUUUCCAUCAAUUAAAUACAUUCUAAUCUAUACAACAUUUUAUAUCUCAUAUAGGUAUCUGUGUAUAUACACAUUGAUAUAUGUCCUUUUUAUAUUCCUGAUAUGGGUACAUUUUUAUCUGUUAUGUAUUUGUAUUUUUCCUAUUAUGUAUAUAAUAUGUGUAUGUUGUGAAUAUUAAAUUGUAUCUAUUUAA